AACUUUCUUAUCUAACAAAACCCAAAGUUCCUCCACCGUCCCCGUCGUCUCCAGAACUCUUUCUCCUUCCCUUUUUCAUCCUCUGUAUUUUUCUCUUUUUCUUCCAAAAAACAAAAAGAAAGCUGAACAAAAGAGAAAGAAAAAUAGAAUGGCUCUCAAAGCUGUUCAUGUCUCCGAUGUGCCUAAUAUCAUCGAUCAAGUAACAGAGAAUGCCUCGCUCUCGCUCUUCUCCACACGUUGCGCCAACGGUGUGGAUUUCAGCAGGACGGCCUCGUUUAAGAUCCCCAAGUUUCUUGUCAUAGGGCACAGAGGCAGCGGCAUGAACCUGCUGCAAUCGUCUGAUAUGAGAAUGAGAGCCAUUAAAGAGAACUCGAUCCUUUCCUUCAAUACCGCCGCUAAUUUCCCCGUUGACUUCAUUGAAUUCGAUGUUCAGGUGACAAAAGAUGGCUGCCCAGUAAUUUUCCAUGACAACUUCAUCCUCUCUGAAGAAAAUGGUUCUAUUUUUGAGAGAAGACUGACAGAAUUAACCCUUUCCGAGUUCCUCUGCUAUGGGCUACAAAAGGAACCAGAGAAAAAUGGGAAAACCCUUUUGAGAAAAACAAAAGAUGGAAAAAUAGUGAAAUGGAAUGUUGAAUCAGAUGACUCACUUUGCACAUUGCAAGAAGCUUUCCAGAAAGUUGAACCCACGUUGGGUUUCAACAUUGAAUUGAAGUUUGAUGAUAACAUUGUCUACCAGCCAGAUCACCUCAUUCAUGUUCUCCAACUCAUUUUGCAGGUGGUGUUUGAAUAUGCUAAAGACAGACCAAUCAUCUUCUCUAGUUUCCACCCAGAUGCUGUCUUGCUAGUCAGGAAACUUCAGAGCACCUACCCUGUUUUCUUCUUAACAAACGGUGGCUGUGAGAUUUACUAUGAUGUCAGAAGGAACUCCCUGGAGGAAGCAAUUAAAGUUUGCUUAGAGGGAGGUCUUCAAGGGAUUGUAUCAGAAGUCAAAGGAGUGUUCAGAAAUCCUGGGGCUGUCACCAAGAUCAAGGAGGCCAAACUUUCUCUUCUAACAUAUGGAAAACUGAACAAUGUGGCAGAGGCCGUAUACAUGCAGCAUCUGAUGGGAAUAGAAGGAGUGAUAGUAGAUCUUGUUCAGGAAAUUACAGAGGCUGUGACAGAGAUGAUUAAGAAACCAUCAAAGGCAAUUGGCGAAGAAGAAGAGAGUUUAAUUAGCGAGGUGGAUAUGGUUGUGGAGGCCAAGACAAAGCCCCAGUUCUCACCAAGAGAACUUUCAUUUCUUCUGAAGCUGAUUUCAGAGUUGAUACAGCUUUAAGAAUAAAGACAAUUUAUUAGGUGGUAGAUAUUCCUUUUUUGAGCAUGACAAAUGUAAGGUGAUAUACCUACUUACACUUGUGUAUAUAAAUGGUUUUUGCUUUUGUUGAUUAGUAUUUGGGAAUAAUUGGAUCUUCAUUA